AUGUCAAUCAAUCUUGAAGUGUUCGGUUUUGGUUUUGCUCCGAUAAGCAACCGUGCGUUUAUGGCACUGUCCGUGGUCGCCGAUUUGGUGUCUACGUUGCGAUAUCUCAACAGGGGUAUAAUUGAUACCAGGCCGGUAUCUGUAUAUCCUAUUCUAUGUGAAUUACGGAUGCAUAUUGCGGCAGUGCGGAUGGGCUGGACAAGGGAGGACUCUGGCCAAAAAUCACAAUUAUGAAAUAAAAAUUAAAUGCCA